UUCGAUUCUCACUCGGACCGAAAUUAUUAUAAGAACAUAUAUGCAGCCCCAUCCAUCUCCUUUUCACUGAAAUUUUCUCUUUUAAGAGUUCCUUCCAAGUUCUAACAGCACUAAGCAUCAGUAACUGAUAAAAACCUCCAUUUCUCUAUGCAUAUUUCAACCUACAGAUAAGUUUCUUCUCCACAAACACAAGAACUUCUGCAAAAUAAUAUGGUAGCAGAUUCAAAGACUGUCGAAUCUUCACCCGCGAUUUCAGACCUUACAAGUCCAGUUACAAUAUUGCCUAGUGAUCAUGCAUUGUUACAUCCAACUAUUGAAAUUCAUAGAGUUGGCUUGCCUCUAAAAAUAAGCAGCUUUCAGAAAUUUAAGUACAAAUUGUCUGAGAUUUUUUUCUCAGAUGAUCCCUUCCACAGGUUUAAGAACCAGUCAGUUUUACGAAAAUGGAUUCUUGGUUUUCAGUAUAUGUUCCCUAUUCUUCAGUGGCUGCCUUCUUAUACUUUACAACACCUGAGAUCUGAUCUUAUUGCUGGCCUCACUAUCGCAAGCCUAUCGAUUCCACAGGGAAUUAGUUACGCGAAACUUGCAUAUCUGCCUCCAGUAAUCGGAUUGUAUUCAAGUUUCGUGCCACCUCUGAUAUAUACUGCACUGGGUAGUUCUCGGCAUCUUGGAGUUGGUCCUGUGUCGAUAGCAUCAUUAGUCAUGGGAUCAAUGCUUAGUGAAACAGUUUCUCCGACAGAUGAACCUCUUCUUUAUCUCCGCCUUGCUCUCACUGCAACCUUCUUUUCUGGUUUGUUCCAGACUUGUUUAGGCCUUUUCAGGUUAGGAUUUAUAAUAGAUUAUCUAUCAAAGGCCACACUGAUUGGAUUCAUGGCUGGAGCGGCAGUCAUUGUCUCCAUGCAGCAGCUAAAAGGCUUACUUGGCAUUGUUCAUUUUGCUGGCAAAACACAGAUCAUUCCUGUCCUAUCCUCUGUAUUUCACGAGAGACGAGAAUGGAGUUGGCAGACCAUUGUUAUGGGCUUCAGUUUCUUACUUUUCUUACUAACAGCAAGGUUAACUGGCUUGAAGAAACCGAAGCUAUUCUGGAUUUCAGCAGCCGCGCCAUUAACAUCUGUCGUCCUUUCAACUCUUUCUGUGUUCAUAUUCAGAACAAGUGUUAGCGAAAUAUCACAAAUUGGUACUUUGCCACGGGGCCUUAAUCCGUCUACAAUAAAUAAGCUAUAUUUCCAUGGUCCUCAUUUAGGCCUUGCCAUCAAAACAGGCCUGAUUACAGGAAUUUUAUCACUUACGGAAGGAAUUGCUGUUGGAAGAACAUUUGCCACACUACAAAAUUAUCAGGUCGAUGGCAACAAAGAAAUGAUAGCAAUCGGGCUAAUGAACAUGGCUGGUUCCUGUUCUUCGUGUUAUAUCACCACCGGAUCAUUCUCUCGGACUGCUGUAAAUUACAAUGCUGGAGCAAAAACAGCAAUGUCAAAUAUAGUGAUGUCCUCUGCAGUUCUUGUGGCUCUUCUCUACCUGAUGCCACUGUUUUGUUACACUCCUAAUGUCGUCUUAGCAGCCAUUAUCAUAACAGCUGUUAUAGGACUCAUCGACUACAAUGCUGCAAUGCGGUUGUACAAAAUUGACAAGCUUGAUUUCUUGGCCUGUCUAUGUUCCUUUUUCGGAGUUCUGUUUCUCUCAGUUCAGAUGGGAUUAACCAUUGCAGUUGGUGUGUCAGUAUUCAAAAUUUUGCUACAAGUUACAAGGCCAAACACAAACAUUAUGGGGAAUAUCCCAGGAACUCAACUAUACCAGUGCCUUUCUCAUUACGAAAAGGCUCAGAGAGUUCCAUCUUUCCUGAUUUUAGGCAUCGGAUCUCCUAUAUACUUCGCUAAUUCAACCUAUCUACAAGAAAGAAUACUAAGAUGGGUAAGCGAGGAAGAAGAGAGGAUUGAAUCAAAGACCGCGACUACCUUGAGAUGCAUUAUUUUGGACAUGACAGCUGUCACAGCAAUAGAUACCAGUGGCAUUGAUGCUCUACGCGAACUAAAAUAUACGCUAAAUAAAAGAUCACUUCAGCUGGUUUUGGUCAAUCCUGCCGGAGAUGUGAUUGAGAAGCUCGGCAAGUCGGAAGUUCUGGAGGAAUUUAGCACCAGUGGACUGUAUUUGACAGUAGGAGAAGCCAUUGCUGAUAUAUCCAUAGCAUGGAAACCUUGAUAUACUAAUUUCGACAUCUAGAUUAUUAUACAGUGACUAAUAUUGUAUUGGUGGCCGCCUAAUCGCAUAUGUAAUCAGAAGCU